CAAGAGUUACAAAGUAAUUUUCCAUGGUGACAGCAAACUAUCCGUGAUUCGUAACUUGUUCCGCAGCUUUUAAACCAUGGAAUUUGUCUUCUAAUGACGAUUUUUUUCAGAAGCAAAUAAUUUUGAAUGGAAAAGGAAUCCACCAUGCCCGGAGUUGUACCAAAAAUACCUCAGCCUAGGGACCACAAAGCUCAAGUUGCCAUCUGGGCUGAUCUUGAUGCUACUCAGUCUGAGGCAAUCAUUAAUGCAGCUUCCUUGGAGGAAGUCCGCAGCCUUUUAGCAGACCAGUUUAAGCUGACUGAUCUUGACGACAAUUCUGCAUCCUCCAUCCUGCUGGAUCUGUACUACUACACAGUGCAGUUUGCAUUGAAUAAAGGCUUCAAUAAGGAACAGCUUAGUGCAUUCUUCUCCAUUGUCAAGAAGACACAUGAAGUUUGUAGUGAAACACCAUUUGGGAACUUGGAGCAGACUUAUAACUACUUCAAGGAACUCGUCUUAUGUCAUGCUGUCAAGCGCCCACCAUGGAGCAUCAACCUGUUUAGCCCAGACCAAGUCCAUCAGAUCACAGAAUACGUCCUCAACACCUACUUCAGACAUUACAAACUCUACAAAUAUGUCUUCACUCCAAUGGUCCGACUAGACUUGUCCAUUUCCUAUGCGGGGAUGCCCGAGACUCCUGUACCCUCCGAGGCUGGUGAUGUGGAGGCUGAUCAACCAGUGGAAGAACAGAAAGAGGAACAGCCAGCCGGGGAGGAAGAAAAGCUAAUGGAAGAGCCUCCUGAAGAAGAAACAGCAGCACAGAAGGAACUGAGGAAGUUGAUCACCACCCAACUGAAUGAGGAAAUAUCGAGAUUGCGAUUAUCGCUGGACGAACAGAUACAACUGAAUGAUGAAGCUCUGCAGAAGAAACUAGCGAGCGUUGAUGGGGGAGGCGGAGCUAAAAAUGGGAGGGGGUCAAGUAAAGGAAAGAAAAAGUGAGGUCUGGAACCCGUCACUCAUCAGCGAUUAAUGAAUGAAAAAAUAAUCACCACUCUCACCAGUACAGGCUGUUUUGGUUGCAGACUGUUGAUUCUUGUGCCAGCACACCCUGUGAGAGCUUGAUCUAACUAGCAUGUGUAAAAAUCUAUAUUUUGUAUAUAACUCUCCCAACACUGUACAAUUUGUGUACAUAACCUUAUUUCCCUUAGGACAUGAUUGUAUGAAGUGGAUUACAUAACAAUGUACUGUAUAGAGUUGGAAGUUCAUGUCAAUUUUGUGCCUCUGCCAUUUUAAAAGUAAAUAUGAAUAAAAUGAUGUCAAGAAUGUAAUUGGUGAGCAAGUGAAAGCUAGAAAAGAAUAAGUAAUAUUCAAAAGACGUACUUAAAAGUUAAUUUUUUAAAACGAAUUUCAACAAGAGCAAUAGUUUGCAUGAGGCUUCUCGCCCACUACGUGUCCAACAUCAAAGCAAUUUGUUGCGUUUCCCUGAGAAAAAUCUCCUUUUCAGUUUUAGUACAGUCUUGAGGCAAAUACAAAAAUGUGACCAAGUUUGACAUCCAAUGACUAGUACCAUAUUUGUUUUUUAUUAGUUUGGCAUUUUCAAGCAUUUACAAACUGCAGUAAAGUAAUUGAGGUCGGUAUUCCAACUGCACAUGUGCACACCAAGAUUUGCCCUUUUUCUUUCAGGAUAAAAAUGUCAUCGUAUGCGUGCAAAAGCAUAGCAGGGUACACAGCGUUGUGUUCUGAUGUAUAACAUUUUGCAAAAUAUCUUUGGACAGUGUUUGUAGGUGUUUUUAAGUUCCAUCUCUUUUCGAUUGUACGAAAAAUUUCUCAGAAUGCAGAUUUGGAUACCCCCAUAGCCUUGUGUGCAUUUAUUGGCCGCGGUUAUCCUGAAAAAAAAUUGUUGAAUCUUGCUGUGCACCAGACUAUUUAGGAAUACCAAACUGGCUUUAAAUGUGUAAAUAAACACUUGUAAAUAGAACAUCUUUAAUAAAUAUUUACAGUUUGUACAUGA